GGUGCCAGUGGAGAAGUUAAGCAGAUGGUGCCGAGUUGGAUGAGAAAAUAGGAAUUAACAUUGACCAAGGUGCCCAGCAAAGAAGCAAGAGGAAACCGCAUGCGGUGCUAUGACUGCGGUGGAGGCCCCAGUGGCUCCUGCAAAGAGACGGUGACCACUUGCGGAGAGGGUGAACGCUGCGGCUUCCUGGAGCGCAAACCCCAACCAGACCUGGCACAAACCAAACUGUCUGGAAACCCCUCAGUGACCUUGAUUCAUCACCAUCCAGCCUGCGUGGCAGCCCAUCAUUGCAAUCGAGUGGAGACAGAAGUGGUGGGAGACGUGACUUAUACAACCCACAGGGACUGCUGCAUCGGCGACCUGUGCAACGGUGCUGUGGCGAGCACUGCAGCCCCCAUGAGCAUCGUGGCUGCAGCAGUCACCACGCUGGCCUGGCUCUUGCCAGGACUCUGGAGAGGGUAAUGGGAGCAGGGGUGGAGAAGGCAGCAAGGAAAUAAAGGAGAUCUGUGAGCCAUUAAAAUCUAUCGACCACUCC